CGCCAAGCAUUAGUGGCUUUGAAAACUAGAAGAACCGCGUCCAAAACAAACGUGCUAGCUUCAAAGACUAUUUAAAAAUUGGUAACCAACUACUUGAAAUAGCACAUUGAUUUUAAUCAAAUCAAGCGACUUACAAGUUUUAGCGUGCGAUCUUUAAUUAACUCAGCUUUUUUUAGUAACUUGCACCACAAAGUAUUACAGCAUCAGAAACACCAGAACUAUAAAGUUUCUACCAACUCAUGGAUAAUAACGACGAAAACAACAUAGCACUGGAGCCCCAGUCAGAAGCGCCAGCACAAAACAACUCUGAGGAGCAGGUAAGUGUUGAAACUCCUGUGGAUGAAACACCAAAUCCAGCUCUAGACAUAGAUAACAGCCCGGAUCCCGAUCUACCGGUAGAGCCAGCAGAACCUGGCAACAACGAAGAAGAUACUGCACAAGUUGAGGCGACCGAAUACGAACAGGAGCCAAGUCCUCCCGAGAAGAUCACAGCAGUUGUCGCUCACGCGGAAUCAACGCCGCCACCAGACUACAAUGAACCGAAUGUAGAACGAAGCUCCAAAGGCAUCUCAAUUUCAGAAGCUCCAAAGGCAGCUCAAAAACCAACUGAAGCUCCAAAGGCAUCUAAAAAGCCAAAAAAGGCACACGAAGAGUCAAAACCAAAGGAGCCACACUCGGAUCCUCCAAGUUUUGGAUACACUAACAAAGGAUACGCGGAUGAUAACCAAGCUGGGUCGAGCUCCGGUUCGAAAAGUGAGGAAGGUCCUUCAUCUUCGUCGUCGUAUCCGCAGAAGCUUCUAGACAAGACUAAGAAUGUGUUCAAGAGCAAGGAUGAAGAACCGACAGGAGGAAAGACCAUAGUCGACAUGUCGGAGGCUGCCGAGGCUCGAGAGCCUCGAGAGCAAUAUGACAAUUUAUUCCAGUACCUUUUGGCUUGCAUUGGAUUUGCUGUCGGCUUGGGAAACGUAUGGCGAUUCCCCAAAGUUGCCCUUGAAAAUGGAGGUGGAGCCUUCAUCAUCCCUUGGAUUAUCGUCAUCAUAAUCCAGGGAAUCCCUCUGAUGAUGGUGGAACUGGUGGUUGGUCAGAGGUUUCGAGGUGGUCCCAUGCACAGUUACGGACGCAUGAACAAGUUCUGCUGGGGAAUAGGACUGUCUAUGGGUUUGGGCUCUCUCUACGUCUCACUAUUCUACAACUCGAUUCUCUCGUACGCCUUCAUGUACUUUUUCAACUCAUUCUCUAAAGACCUGCCUUGGCUGUCCUGUCCCACGAACAAUUCUGAUUGUACAAGCAACCCAGCUCAGUUCUACUUUGAAAAUUCAAUCGUCAACUCAGCACCAGAUCUUGAGACCGGCAGCGGAGUUGUCUGGCCUCUUUACUUCGCUACUGUCGUCGCAUGGUUUGUCGUAUUUCUCGCCAUGUUGGUCGGAGUCCAAUCUGUCGGCAAGGUCAUCUACUUCACCGCUUUGUAUCCCUACCUCAUGUUGACUAUCCUAUUCUUCAUUGGUGUAACAUCUGACGGUGCCGAGCAUGGCCUCGAGUACCUGUUUGAGCCUGACUGGAGUAAACUCGGGGACUUCACUGUUUGGCAGGCCGCUAGUGAACAGGUCUUUUUCUCGGCUUCACUCGGCUUUGGAGGUCUGAUUGCGAUGGCAUCCUACAUGCCCGUGAAGAACAACACCUUCCGCGAUUCGAUUGUGAUCAUUGUGGUCAACAGCUUGACGUCUCUCUACGCAGCACUCGGCAUCUUCUCAAUCAAGGGUCACAUGGCUAAGGACGAGUGGACCAAAUGUCAUAGCAACGAAACACCCAAUUGCGACCCUAGUCUUACCAUCCGCGAUUACGUGAAACAAGACGAUGCCUCUGCUGGCCUAGUAUUCAUCGCCAUGGCCAAAGCUCUUGAUCUGAUCGACAACACUGAAUACGGAGCCUCUGUUCUGUCUAUGAUGUUUUACCUCAUGAUCAUUACUCUUGGCUUGGACUCUGCUUUCGGAUCCCUAGAAGGAUACCUGUCGAUUCUUAAAGACUUAGGUGUAACCAAGAAAUUCGGCUACAAAUUGACUUUGUUUGCUUGCUGUUUCGCAUCAGGACUGUUCGCAAUGCUCUUCUCUUCCGUUCACGGCUCCUUCUUUAUUGAUAUUUUUGACAAAUACGGCAGUGUGUUGGUGUUGGUAUUCAUGGGUCUAUUCGAAUUCAUUGCCGCCGGUUGGAUCUACGGUUUCAACAACUUUGCUCGAGACUUCAAACUCCUAACCGACAUGAAACUCCCUUGGCCUUUCAUGAUCCUUAUCAAGUUCAUUGGACCCUUGUCCAUUCUAAUAACACUCAUCGGCCAAUUUGUACUGGAGAUUAAGGAUGACAAGUUCCUCACAUACCUCGAUGACAAUACCCCAUAUCCUUGGUGGGCGCAAAUUAUUGCCUUGCUGCUUUUCUUCAGUGCCGUCAUUUGGUUCCCACUAGGAAUCCUGAUCACUUGCUAUAUCAACCGAGUGCGAAAGACAUUUGGGUGGGGCGAAGUCGAUUUCGACUAUGAGGAGCUGAUAAAAGAUAUCAAACCAAGCAAGAAUCCACGCUGGCAGCAGAUCAUCUUUUCCCUCGACGAAUACGACUACCCGGAAAACUUGGAGCUGCUAUCAGACAACCCAAAACUCGUACGACGCUUCCCGAACAAUGCAGCAGCUCUCGAUAUUAAUACUGACACCAAAUUUUAAUUGUAAAUAUGCAUUGGCAAAAAUACAGCUACCAAAAAGGACAUGAAUGACUCAGACGCUCACCUAAAUUUUAUGACUACACUCGUUGUCUAUUAACUCUAGUAAAAAAAUUUCCAUUAUGAAUAGAAAGUAACUUUCUCCGA